AAAAAUUAAUAUUAUAAAAAUAAUCGUAUAAAAGUUCGGAAAUACAGUAAGAGUAAAGUUGGGGCGAUCGUGGCAGCGCUGUGUGGGAGGACGAAAUACAAAAUCAAUAAUUGUAUGCCAGUUAUCUCGGUUGAAUAUUCUCCCGAAUGCACAUAACGUUUUCCCCGUCGAUUUUAUCGCCACGGUCCAGCAUAAUUAUGCCUGAUUUGUCGUGUUGAUCCUUUACAGAAUACCGUACGCGUGUGAAAUUAUUCCCGGUGGGCUUAAGUUUCUUUUUUUGGUUUCUUUCUGUUAUGAGUCUGAGGCAGAAUCAAUUAUUUUCGACCACUGGAAAAGAAUCCUCUUGAUAAUCGCAUAAAAAAAAGAAAAGAAAUUAUUGAUAUCGUUGUGAUAUGCACCUUCAUUUUGAAAAGAAUACCAAUACGAAAUGUGACUGUACGAUCCUUAGCUUGUCAUGGAUGGGAAAAGUACCUGAUGAACUGCCAGAAGAUGAAGGUUGGAAAUUGAAUAGGACUAAUUAUUACCAAGAGGGGUGGCUAGCUACUGGAAAUGUUCGCGGAAUCGUCGGUGUUACUUACACCACAUCCCAUUGCAACAAAACACUCGACUGUCCCACGAGGACAAACUACAAUUUACGAGGCCACAGAUCUGAGGUGAUUCUUGUGAAAUGGAACGAGCCUUAUCAAAAGUUAGCAUCAUGUGACAGUUCAGGAGUUAUAUUUGUUUGGAUUAAAUACGAAGGAAGAUGGAGUAUCGAAUUAAUUAACGAUAGGAAUACGAGGGUUACACAUUUUAGUUGGUCUCAUGAUGGUCGCAUGGCUUUAAUAUGUUAUCAGGUUCAUCAAUUACCAACGUAUUGUUUAAAAUUUGUUUUAAUUAUUAUUAUUUUCUUACAGGAUGGUUUUGUGCUCGUUGGGUCAGUAGCAGGCCAAAGGUACUGGUCUUCAAUGUUGAAUUUAGAUUGCACAAUUAAUUGCGGUAUAUGGACGCCAGAUGAUCAACUUGUGUAUUUUGGUACCAGUAAUGGCCAACUGGUGGUGAUGGAUGUUCAUGGUGCUAUGAUGGCUCAGGUUGAAAUUGCGAAUCAAGUCGCAGUGACAUCAAUGGCGUGGUCUUGCGAAAAAUUUAAAAUGGAAGAAACUGACGAUUCAAAUGAUUCCUGUCUAUGUGCUAAAUAUGUGUUGGCUGUGAGUUUAGAAAAUGGUGUGGUUCUUUUGAUGAAACAUUACUACGACGUUUCACCCAUCCACAUCCAAACAGGUCUUUGCCCGUUGUGCAUCGAAUGGUCAAACAGUAAGCAACUUCUUGCAGUGGCCGGCACCGUGCCAAAUACAGAAUACAAGAACAUGGUGAAAGUUUACACAGACAAUGGCAAUCUGCUUUAUAGCUCGAUAAUUCCCUACACACUUUCUGCAGUCACUGCUAUGACUUGGGGGCAUAACGACAAACGGUUGUUCGUUGCUACAGGCUGUAUUGUACAUAUGGCUUGGGUUUCCAUGAGAAUAGCCUCUCUCCAGUUGCUUUGCAGUUUGCAAGUGUACAAUCGCUUGCAAGGUGGAGCGCAUCAGAUUAGUUCUUUACCUUUACCACUUAGAAUUCAACAUCGUUUAUCAAAACUCUUUGCCCAUACAAUUCGUUGCUGUGUACCUGAGGGUUCUGGAUUGAGGGAGUUUGUUAGCAGGACGCCAAAAGUCAGAUUACACUGCACGAUGUUAAGACAUGACGAAGAUAUUUCUGCCAAUUGCUACACACUUUUUCUAGAAUACCUUGGUGGUUUGGUACCGCUAUUGAAAGGGAAACGUACAAGUAAACUGAAGCCUGAGUUCGUUAUAUUCGAUCCUCAAAUUGCAGACUGUUCUUGCAAACUGAAUGCCACCCUCAACGGCAAUUAUAGUGGUAGCGAGAGAGAAGAUUCAGAAUGUGAAGAUUCCUGUGGAAGUCCUCGGUUGACUAGAAGGAAAAAUCGCAAUUAUAAUCAAAAUCUUUAUGCUGGAUCACUACCUGAGGAGUCUCACUUAGCAGAAGUCACUUCAAACAUUUGGGGUACUAAAUUCAGGAUCCAUGGUAUUGCAAGUGGUCUUGCCUCAAACCUUGGUCAAGUUACGUACAAGACAAGCCUUUUACAUCUCCAGCCAAGACAAAUGACACUAUUAAUGGCAGGAGAUGGUCCAUGUGAUGCAGGUGUAAGUCAAGUUGUAAGCGAUGAUGAUGAUGAAAAUGGAAAAGGAAUGGAUGAAGGAGGUGCUGUUGCUGUUGCACCGUUGAGAGCGAGAUGCAGAGGAGCUGCUGGAUAUCAUGCCAAUGGAAAUAAUGAAAAUGGAAAAACAAGAGCUGAUUGGUUUAUGACUAGAAGUUCUUUUCGAGAUUGUGAAUGCGGCGAAAGUGGCGAAGACAACACUUCAAGGCGUGGUGGUGUUGUCAGGAGCUGCAGUGUCGGCUAUUUAGAUUUUGUCGAAGGAGGAAGCAACAACAGACUCGUUCUUGUUCGACAAAACAGGCCAGCACGUUUGACCCAUGCCGGGAAAAGUAGAUCCUUAGACUCGUCGGACAUGGACAAAGGGAUUGCCGGUACAGGCCAUACAAUCCAACCACCACCUAGUAGCUCUCCGGCAAGUCCAGCCUUAUCUAAAAAGAAAAGAAACACAACCUCUUCACCCAUAAGAGCUCGGAUCAUGAAUUCACCAUUGUUGCCUAGACGACUAAGAAGUGGUAACAAACGCAAUGAUGUUGAUGGCUACCAAGAUCUGGAGAGUUUUCAAAAGGCCCAAUUAAGAAAUAAGAUUGAAACUACUGCUAAGAGAAGAGAGUUUAUUAUGCACAAUAAAGCACCGAUGUGGAAUGAAAAUAAUCAGGUGUACCAGUUGGACUUCGGAGGAAGGGUGACUCAAGAAUCAGCAAAGAAUUUUCAAGUUGAAUUUAGAGGAAAGCAGGUAAUGCAGUUUGGAAGAAUAGACGGUAAUGCUUAUACACUAGACUUCCAGUAUCCGUUUUCAGCAGUACAAGCAUUUGCUGUGGCAUUGGCUAAUGUGACUCAACGGCUUAAGUAACAGCAUAAGGCUGGAAGGUCUUUCUCCUAUUGUUUGGAGCAAUUAUUGUAUUUUUUAAAUACCGAGUAUAUGCAAUAAAAUUACAUUGAAGUAAUACUCAUGUCAAAUUAUAAAUAAUAUCUCCAAUUGAGAACUAAUGAGCCAUUUUGCUCAGGUCUAAAUGAGAGAUUAGACUAAAUAGUUAAUGAGAUGAUAUCAGACAAAUUUUAAUAUUUAUAUUAAGAAAAUAUUUUAACAGUGGCACAGCAAUUUUUGUACUAUUUAAAAUAUUUUUCACAAUAAGCCAACGAAAUAUAGAGGCCGUCCACUUCUUUUAGUUAUGGCCUCUUGUAUAGAAAAUAUUUCUUAUCGUAGAAUUUGUGUAUUUGAGUUUGGCAUAGUCAAAGAGCGCCGUGUAAUUAAAAUGUGAUUUAAAAUCAAUAACACAAUGACACCAACACUUGAUGUAUUUUUGUUAAACAAAUUUUUUUCUCUUCCUUUACUAAAUCUGAAUUGGAGAUUUAAUGUGGUUUUGGCUUCUUGCAUGCAAAGGCAUUUCAUGGACUUACCCUGUCUAUGUUGAAUACGUCGAUGAUCUAGCAAAUUAAUAAUUUACAAGAAUUUUCUUAAAUUCUCAGACUGGACUCGCUAGAUACUUUCCAUGAAUGACUCGCUUUUCAAUUUUGAUAUAAUAUUCAGUAUUAAUUAAAUUAUGUUAUUUUAACUUUACGAAUUAAAAAAAAA